ACUCCCAAGACCCAGACGGUGCCCGUGACGGAGUGGACUGUUCGGACGCUUGCUAAGCAGCUCACGACGUUUAACCAGCAGGUUCGGAAGGAUCACGCACAGCUCGUCGCCCACGCCAUUGAGAGCGCAAGGUGUCGAGAGUGGCGCACGCAACAUGGCCUGGAUCUCUUCCGUGAGCUAACCACUCACCCCAAUCCGGAAAUCAAGGGCAAGCAGAUCAAAAUCAAGUUCAAGCAGCAUAACAAGAACAAGAAGGAACAAAAGGACGUUCGCUACAAUGUGCACUGCGUCAAGACCAACAAGCCUGCUGUUCCGUCUUACCGGUUUCACCAUGUGGAAAUCAAGAAGAACGUCUUGAUGCCCAACACCAUGCUGACGUUUGUACCCCAUCUGCGGGAUCUGGAGGGGUCCGAGGAGGCAAAGUACAACCUCUGGCUUAAGGAGUUGGAGGACAUUGACCUCAAAUCAGGAUUCAAGCCCAUGAACCGCGAUGAGAAGUUUGUUGCCAUCAUCCAGGGCGAGCGCGCUGCUACGCUCUCGCUCUACUUGGACAUGUGGCUCAAGGAGCUCAACAUACCAUCCUGCAACAAAUCCACACUCAUCAGAUAUAUGGCGAGCCAUGCCUCCGACGACGCCAUAACGCCCCAGCAAAAGACGGACAUUAUCAAAUCCCAUGGCCACGGGCACGCCAUGACGCCAGAGGAGCACAGGGCGGCAGAGCUCUUUACUGCCGCGUUUCAGUUGGCUUUCAAGGAAAAUCAACCGCAGUUGAAGCAGAUUGAGCUGCGCAAGGUGCUGUUCCUCGACGAGUCGGUCGAUAGUGUCAUGGACAACAAGCCCGCGGCCAAGGAAGUUUCCCUUGUCCAGCAGGAUAACGAGGACGAGGUUGUCGAGUCCAACUUGGCCACCUACUGCAUUUUGGGAUGCCUUAUCUGCUUCAGCCAUUCCUGCGACCACGGCGAGUAUGACAUCAAGAAUUGGAAACGCACUUUUUCCUUGUCAUCCUGUGCACCCUUGUCGGACAUUUUGAGGAGAAAGAGGAUAGCGGCAGCAGGGGUAAACACGAUUGCUGAUGUGCCUUGUCGACGGAGAUGCUAUCGGCUGAAGAUUCCUCCUGACCCGACGAGUGCGGUGGCAAAGCCGUGGACCGAGGAUGAGCGCAUGCUCCUACGGACUCUGUAUAUCACGACUGAUUUCAGCAAGACAAAGAUGGACCCGAUCUGUCUUGCAACGGAGUUUCUGAACCGCAACUGCGAUGAGGUAUACGCAGAAUUUCAGUCUCUCAGCAUUGGCAUACCUGGGCCUGACCUCACGGAACCGCCUCGACCGCGGAACAUUUCAUGGUACGAUCGCAAGCGGAAGAUGCUUAUUGGAGACUGGCAAGAACACACCAUUACUCAUGAGCAUCAACGACGGGAACUGCUGGAACCAUGCUCCCACGACGGCCCCUGCGCCCCCAAGAUAUGCAGCUGCGUCGAUGCUGGGGUUCUGUGCGAGAGGUUUUGCGGGUGCACAGAGGCCAACUGCGCUUACAAGUUUACAGGCUGUGCUUGCCACUCUCUCGGCAAGACAUGUCUCCCGAAGCAAAAGGACAGGCCGUGUAUCUGCGUGCAACUCAACCGCGAGUGUGACCCCCAGCUGUGCGGUUCUUGUGGCGCUUUCGAACGUGCGGAUCCCGCCAAUGCAGAAGACGAUAUUUUGCACUCGGCGGGUUGCCAAAAUUGCGAUCUCCAGCGUGGGCGGCACAAGGCGCUCCUCCUCGGACAAAGCCAGCUGGAAGGAGUUGGCUACGGACUCUUUACCGCCGAGGACAUUGCUCAGGACGAGUUCAUUGUCGAGUAUGUGGGAGAGCUCAUCACCCACGACGAGGGCGUCCGCCGGGAAGCGAGACGCGGCGACGUAUUCGAUGAGACGUCGAACAUCUCAUACGUCUUUACUCUGCUUGAAAACGAGGGCAUCUGGGUCGACGCCGCUAUUUACGGCAACCUGAGCCGGUACAUUAACCACGCUUCAGAGCACGACACCCGGGGAUGCAACAUUACGCCGCGGAUCCUUUAUGUCAAUGGGGAGUUCCGGAUCAAGUUCACCGCAUUGCGGGAUAUCAAGGCCGGAGAAGAGCUCUUUUUCAACUACGGCGAAAACUUUCCCAACCUCACCAAGAAGCUGCUGGAUAACAAGUCCGGGGAGAAGGCGGAGGGCCCUAGAAAGGUCGGCCGACCCAAGCGUGCCGAGACUGGUGAUCGAGUGGCACGCAAGGUGCCCAAGAUAAUAGAGCACAAGAAGGCGGGGAGACCAAAGUCAAAGAAGAAGAAGAUGGCGGCAGCGGCGACGACUGUUACUACAACUACGACUACGACCGUUCAGGCGGCACGAAAACGCCACACGAUGAUUGAUUCCGAGGAGGAAGAAUACCAUCCUCCUGGCACAGACACCGCGUCGUCUGCAGCUGCACAUGCCACGACCGAGGAUGGGGAGCUUCUAGGGUCGAAGCGGCUGCGCAAGACGACGCGGUCACAGAGAGCCAAGGAGCCCGAGACACCAGCAGUCAAGACUCCGGGAUCAGAGGAGCAGCAAAAGCCGCGGGGCAAGCGUGGAGGGGCCCGACCCGGCAGCGGACGACCUAGAAAGCAUCCUCGA